AUGAACAUCCUUGAAUCUUCCAAUCUUGGUGGCUACAAAGAGGUCAUCAAUGAAGUUGAACGCCAAAGGGCUCUCAUGAUGAACCUACAUGACCUUGUACUACCAAUACUUGAUUCCCACAGUGGGCAAGCAAAGCUCGUACAGCAACUCUUUGAAGAAGUAUUCAGCUGCUCAAGUAAGAUUAUCUCUUCCCUGGAACUUGGUGAUAGCAGCGAGAAACAGGCCAUUCUUACCAAAUAUAAAAGAAAAGGAGGUGAGAAUAACGUGGAGAAUCACAUAUUAUUGGAGGAGAACAAGGGCCGUGGAAACAAGAGAAGGAAGAAUGCAAAACACAUAAGUUCAGUUGUGACACAAGCACCACACUUUGAUGGAUAUCAAUGGAGGAAGUAUGGACAGAAGUGGAUCUCCAAAGCAAAGCAUUCUAGGAGCUACUACAGAUGUGCCUAUAGUAAAGAACAAGGGUGUCCUUCAACUAAGACAGUACAGCAGAAGGAAAGUGAUGGCAAUGGGACGGUGAGGUUGUUCGAUGUUGAUUACUAUGACCAGCACAUUUGCAGCAGCGAUGGCAUAGUUCAUCCAUAUGUUGUCGAGGCAACACAUGACAGUGUGCCAAUUUCCAGUCAAAACCAAAGCAGUAGCUCAAUGUUUGUUAACACCGAUGCCCACGGACACAGAGUUCAGGAUGAAAGCUUUGAAAGCUUAUUCAUGGUGCCUGACAUGCCAGGACAUUUGACAGAGUUCACGGAUGUUGAAAUGGCAAGUGCGUUUGAGAUUACCUCCAUGAACUCGCCACUGAUCCCUGAAGACAUCUGGGCAUGA